AUGCCGGGACGGACGUGGACGCGCGGUGACGCGACGACGACGGCGAAGGAGGCGGUGAAAACGAAACCGGCGGUGAAAUCAUCGCCCGCGCAAACUAAAAAGCGUCAAGCCACGUGGUCGCGCGAGGAUGGUGAGGCGAAAAGAGGUGGAAAUGGGAAAGAGGGGACGCAAGCGCGUCUGCGCGCGAGCGCGGCGGCGUUCGAACCGGCGAGCGCCAAGGCGCAGCGCGAGGCGCUGGAGGCGAAGAUGAAAGCGGUGGAGGCGGAGAAGGCUAAGUUAAAGGCGGCUUUAGAGGCGGCGGCGGCGAAGAAGGCUCAGGACGCGCGAGAGAAGAAGGAAAAGGAAGAAGCCGCCAAGGCGGACGCGGCGAGGCGCCAGCGCGCCGCCGGGAACCUACUGAGCGGGUUUCGCGGCGUUCGCAAGCAGUGCGAAGAGCGCGUGGACGAGAUCGCGAAGCCGGUGGAAAAUUUAUCGCAAGAAGAGAUCGAGCGGCGCGCCGUGCAGCGCGUGGUGCUCGCCGGGACGGAUUGGCAAGUCUUAGACUUGCCGCCGGGCUCGCAAAAGAAGUGGGUGACGAAGAGCUAUCGCGAGCUCGCGAAAAUUCUACAUCCCGACAAGUGCGCCGCGCCCGGGGCGAAGGAGGCGUUUCAAAAGCUCAACAAAGCGUACAAGGCGCUGUCGUAG